CAAUACAAUCUACUCCCAUAGCACCUUUCUUCCUUCCCUUAUAUCAUUUUUAUUUCUUUCUUUUUUAUAAGCAAGUUAUUAUUUUGUAAUAUUCAUUGACAAUGCCAGAACCUACAAAAGAACAAAUUCAACUAGUAUUUAAAAAACUCAAACAAAACAGAUACAACAAGUCUUGCUUUGAUUGUAAUUCAAAGAACCCAACAUGGGCUUCAGUUUCGUUCGGAAUCUAUAUUUGUACCGAUUGCUCAUCUGCCCAUCGUAACCUUGGUGUUCACAUUAGUUUUGUGAGAUCUACUGUUCUUGACUCCUGGACUUGGAGCCAAUUACGUCUUAUGAAAGUUGGUGGCAAUCAGCCCGCAACAGAGCACUUUUCAAAAAGCGGCAGUGGAUCAAACAAGGAUGCUAGAACCAAAUAUGGAAGCAAGGCUGGGCAACAGUACAAAGAAUUGUUGGAAAAGAGAGCAGCAGAGGAUUUAAUUGCAAACCCUACGUCCGUAGUAAUCGAAAUGGACAGUAAUGCUGAACAAGAGGAAGAAGUACAACAGACCACACCUGCCAAGAAAGAAACCGAAGAGGCAGCAGAAGAAGACAGUGAAAAAUUAUCGGAUUCUAAAACGGAAACUACACCCACUCCACAACCACCAUCACAAUCACAAUCGCCAUCAUCACCUCCACCUCCACCACCACAAUCAUCAUCAGCCGAAAAUCCCGCCGAGCCUUCUACUCCUACCACUAUUCCUACAAAUACACAAGCUAGACCAACCAUCGCUUCAGCCCGUAGCUCAACACGCACCACUAUCGGCGCUAGAAAAACUGGUGCUCGUUCAGGAGCAAAGGCAGGAAAACUUGGUAUCAAGAAAGCACCUGUGAACUUUAACUUUGAAGAGGCCAAGGCAAAGGAAAUAGAAGAUGCUGAACGCAAGGCCAGAUUGGGUUACUCUGAGGCAGAAAGAUCAGAAGCAAGCACCGAAGAAAGUGCUCAACCCGAACGUCUCCGGGCUGCUGCACCCACGUCUUCUCGCCUGAAUUAUCAAGACGAAAGUGCUAAACAGAAUGAGGAAGUUGAAUAUGAAAAGCUUGGAUUCGGUAUGGGCCGAAUAGAUCUGAAGGAAAAGUCUGGUGAACGGAAUGCUGGAAAUAAUAGUUCGAGUGCAAAUAACGGCAACAGUACUAAUGGUAGAGGCGGCAGUAAAAGUGGGUUUGGAUCGAUGCCAAGAGUAGAAUCAUAUGGUGAAGAAAACAGCCAAUCCGCACGCGAAAAGUUUGGCAACGCAAAGGCUAUUUCUUCAGAUCAAUUCUUUGGAAGAAAUGCCUAUGAUCCUGCUGUGGCUGCCGAACAAUCGGCUAGAUUGUCUCAGUUUAAGGGUGCACGCGCAAUUUCAUCUGAUCAAUACUUUGGAAGAGAAGAUGAUUUUGACGGUAGUUCAACUGGCAACUCUGGUGGUGUGUCUUUGGGUGGAUCUGGAGUAGGAAUGGGCGGUGCUGGCGAUUGGGAUGCACUCCAAAAUGCCGCCAGUGGUAUGGCGCGUACAUUUGUAGGUCAGGCUAGUGCUGAUCUUGAUGCAGUAAAGGAUCUUGCAGAAAACGCAACAGCAAAGUUGCAAGACAUUUUCCAUGAUUUACAGCACCGUUACAACUAUUAGACUAUCAUGUCCUAGUCCAGCUGUUUCUUUUAUAUCUUCUUCUUUGUAGAUAAAGAAGUGUUUCAAAACCGUUUCUCCAUUGCUAUUACAAUAAAAUAAAAUUAUAAUGCCUCUCAUAUUC